CAGGAAGGAAGUCACAGCGUUGGUGAUAUUUACAACACAGAGAAAUAUCUGAAACUACUGCACGACAAGAUGUAAAUAUGAGCCUCUGAAGUUGCUUUUUUUUUGUAAACUGAGGACUUCAUUGCAGCCGGACAAAUGACUAUACGUGCUUUGUGGAUUAUUUCUCAAGAAAAAGGAGAAAAUGUGUCAAUACGCUUUUCAAGGAGGUUUUCUACUGUGGAGCACCGUGCAAAGAGUCUGGCAGGUUCCUCAUACGUAGCAGUCCCAGAGGAAAGCACCGUCCUGCAGCUCCUGCUCACUGAGCUCGGGCUGUCGGACCCAGACAAGGCUUACGUAGCUCUCAGAGAUGAUUGCCUUCACCGUCCUCGGUCACCAGCCCUGGAGCUGCGUGUGGAUGGUCCUGGAAAGGGAAUACUGUGGCCGAUGUUGGCCAUCUCACAAGGGCCUCUUAUCCUGGCUUGCCUGCCUUUAGUGGAUGUCCCUCCUGAGCCGCGGCCACCUCUGGCCAGCCUGCUGUCGGUCUCUCAGGGUCUCACGCUUCUGGCAGGCCUGCAGACUUUUCUUCUUGGCUCAGGGAGUAAGCCUGAUGGUGAGGGGCUGGUCUCUCGUCUGGCAAUGUUGCCCUCUGUCCUCCUGCAGGUUUGUCCACUUGGCACACCUCUUGAUGUGCCACUACUGGGGCCACCUGCUACACCCACAUUGCCUGCUUCCGCUGGGAACCAGAAGCAGCCCGCCUGGAAGACAGGACUUCACCGAGGCCGAGCUGUGGUCAACGUAGCACUGACAGAAACAGUACGCUCCAUGCAGUAUGGUAACCGGAGCAGACAGGACCUGUGGGAUGUUUUUGGCACUGUGACAUGCAAAUGUGAAGUGGAGGGAGUGCUACCAAAUGUGAUGGUGACCCUCUCACUGCCUCCAAAUGGUUCUCCACUGCAGGACAUCCUGGUUCAUCCCUGUGUCACCUCUUUAGAUUCUAGUAUCCUGACAGCUAGCAGUGUGGAUAACUGUGACGGCUCAGCUUUCUCUGGGCCAUAUAAGUUCCCCUUCUCCCCUCCUCUGGAGCCUUUCAGACUAUGCAGCUAUACUUCUCAGGUCCCUGUUCCCCCCAUCCUUGGUUCCUAUCAGCUGAGGGAAGAGGAGAACCAGGUCCAUGUGUCGGUAACCCUCAAGCUUCACGAGAGUGUGAAGAACAGCUUUGAGUACUGCGAGGCACACCUGCCGUUCUUUAACAGAGAUCAGAUGGGAGUCGCUGAAGUGAAGGUGAGCUACGGACAACUGGACGUUUCAAAGGAGAAAAACCUGCUGGUCUGGGUCCUCGGACAAAAGUUCCCAAAGUCUCUGGAGGUCACAAUGGAGGGAAAGAUCAGCUUUUCUGGGCCGACGAAAGGACCUGCUGACCCCCUCUGCACUGGACUCACUGCCUACAUUAAAUUGUAUUUCAAAGUGCCUGACAUGACGUUAUCUGGGUGUUGCGUCGACCAGCACUCGGUGCAGGUUUAUUCUUCUGCCAAACCACGGAUUGCAACGUCCCGAGAACUCACUUCCAAAGACUACUUCAUAUGGAAUUCAACAGGUACUGCCCCGGUAGCCUCCGGACAGACGAUGAUGUAGCACAGAACCUCGGCGGGACGGUACAUUCACAAGACUGAAAACACUGUGCUCGGUUAUAUUCAUCUGUUGCUCUCCUGUUUAACUGGAGGGAAAGAUACAAGACUGAAACACAUAUUAAUUAACAUUCACGUGUAAUUCACUAAGUCCAAACUUUGGCUGGAAGAAGUGUUUGUUAUGUUGAUGGGUAACUGUUUCAUAAAGAAAAAAUACCUGCCCCCGCAUUUCAACUUCUUUUAUCCCCCUGCCUUCACCCUCCCUCCACAUUUAUCCCAUUUCAGACACAAGGGCCACCCCUUGCUCUGACAGUCCCACUUCAGUGACUCUCCAUCAGCCGGAUAAUUAGCAGCUGGGGCCUUGUCAUCAGCUGUUGUAGGCCCGGUGGAGAGGGGCGGCAGGACUGUGAAAGGCCAGGCUGCUCUGGCCAGUGUCUUGGCUACAAAAGGCUUCUCUUUAGAGCUGGCAGGAGUCCUUACCCACACCAAUCACUCGCCCACCCCCACCUCCUCCUCCUCUUUUGACCCCAUCCUCGUCCUGUCAACUAGUGGCUAGUUCAAACACACAAGCAGGCUGUGAUUGAGCGCUGACCCUCUGGCCCUCUGAGACUUUAAAGCAGCCGGUCCCAUUCAGUGAGCAGGACCUGCCUAAUUGGUGAAAAAGUCACAAGGACGGUAAUGGUCGGUCUGCCUGUCGAGGUUGCAGAGGUGCUUCAACUCAAUUAAUGUGGAACUUAAAGUCGAUGAUUCUGAUCUUCAUUCAUGCAGCACGAUCUUCAAGGUAGACCUGCUUUUAUGUUUGAUGCUGAAAGAAAACCUGGUUUGUUCUCCACAGUUUGCCCUACCUGAACUAUGCAUGUUACUAUGCAGCAUUUCUACCACAUGAGCUCCACCUCAGUGUAUUAAGUUGAAUGAAUAACUAGUCGACGAAGGGUUAAAUCACAGGAGAUUGUGCCCCACUAUUCCACGGCAGCCAGACUCCUCUGAGUGGCCUCAUUGUCUGCUGUUGGCCUCUUGUGCCCCUUGCUGGUCCAAAUGCUACAUUCUCACGUGGAUUUCCACUCAGAAGGCUGACCAUGACCAAUCCUCUGUCAAUUGGAACCAAUUGCUCACACGGCAUCCUUCACCUUCUUUUUAUGUAGCAGUACGGAGUGGCAGACACCGAGACCUCUCGGCUCUCCCCCUCCACGAUGAUUUGGCUUUAAGGCCCAGUGUGUGUGGCUAGCGAACUGGAAAAGGAGAAGUUUUUUUGAAGAGUUGGGCCACUCUAAAUCUCCUCAGUGUCCCAAUAUGUGGUCAGUCUGGCUCCUCAAGUCUGCAGUCAGUGGCCUCUCACUGGCAGACUUUGCUUUGUUGAUUGAAUAGCUCGCUAAGUAGGUGGACUCGUUUUAAUGUGCUUCUCUGCUCCGGUGCCUCCAGUCCAUACCUUUUGGGCUUUUACUAGCACUGUUUUUUUUUUUUCACAAUCAUCCAUUUAUUUCAUCUUUGUUUACUGUUGUUGACAAGAAAAGAACAGUUUUGUACAGCAAUCAGAAUAAAGAUCACACGGUCGAAAUGGAUUCGUGAGAGCGGAGCAGCA